GAAGAGGAAGUCAGAAACAAAGGCCCUGGGUGCCUGGGAAGCUGCUGCGUGAUGUGGCUCAGGCAGUCUCCUCUGAGAAGCCCCAGGAAUCUUUUUGCAUUAAGCUUAAUAAUAAUAAUAAUUUUUUUUUUAGCCCAAGUGUAACAGGCUUGAAAUAGGAGAAAUAAGAGGGAGCAUUUACACAAAGGCUCCCCAACUCCCAACCUGGACCGUGGGGGCAAGUCAAAUCUUAUUUCCCCCUGCACAAUGGUGUAAAUCCGGAUUCCAGUCCUGGAAAUCCAUCCUACGCCCCGAAAUACCGAAAUCCAUUAAAACUGGAAAUACAGGCUUUUACAAACAUUUAUUAAUAUGUAAAACCGUGCAAACUAUGUUCCUGUUGGGAAUUUUUCCCAUCCCAUGGGCUGCACUGGUUAAAACUUCUUACCGUACCAAUCUAAUACCGUGGACUAAACACACCCUUUUUACACCUGAUAAAUCUUUCUGUCUCUGCCAAAGGAGUCACUGAUAAAUCUUUAUUCUCAUCAGCCACCUACUGCAGACUGAAUGUCUGUGUCCCCCCAAAAUUCGUUAUGUUGAAACCUAACCCCCAACGAGACAGUAUUUGUAAGUGGGUCCUUUGGGAGGUGAUUAGAAUGGGAUCGGUGCCCUUAAAAAAGAGGCCCCAGAGAGUUCCUGGUCCCUUCCACCAUGUGAGGACACAGCAAAAAGUUGAGCCCUUACCACACCCCGAAUCAGCCAAUGCCUUGAUUUCAGACUUGCCGCCAGAACUGAGAGAAAGAAAUCUCUGUUGUUGACAAGCCACCCAGUCCACGGUAAUUUGCUGUAGCAGCCUGCACGGACGGACGCCGCCCUCCCCCUCAGUCUAUUCCACAUCCUGCCCCGUCUCACCACGCUUUGUUUUUCCAGGCGCAGGACAAGUGUGGGAGUGGUCAGGCAGACCCUCCAGCCAGCUCUGGGAAAGGUACCCAGGAAGGCACCCUGCAAAGCGCAGGAGAAGAUGCCCGUCCUAAGGUCAAGGCAGAGUAACCGACUGCUAUUCCUGGGAAUCAUGGCACUCACAGCCGCAGUGAUCUUCCUGCUGUUCUUUGCUCUCCUCUGGAAGGCCGGCAACCUUAUCGACUUGCCCAACCUCAGAAUUGGCUUCUACAACUUCUGUCUUUGGAACGAGGGCACUGGAGCCCUACAGUGUCACCAGUUCCCUGAGCUGGAGGCCCUGGGGGUGCCUCGAGUUGGCCUGGCCCUGGCCAGGCUGGGCGUGUACGGGGCCCUGGUCCUCACCCUCUUCGUCCCCCUCCCUCUUCUCCUGGCCUGGUGCAACAGUAACGAGGGAGAGUGGCAGCUGGCCGUGGGCUUCCUGGCCACGUCCUCCAUGCUGCUGGCCAGCGGCCUGGGCCUCUUCCUCACCUACACAUGGAAGUGGCUCCGGCUCUCCCUCCUGGGGCCUGGGUUUCUAGCUCUGGGUGUUGCCCAGGGCUUACUCAUUCUCUUGCUUAUGGCCACAGUCGUGUUCCCUCAGAGGGCAAAUGACAAGAACUUGAGAGCUGCUAGCUCUGCCUAAAGGCUUACGUGAUUGCAAGGGUUCUGUUUGAACUAUGCUCAGAUAAGGUGCCAGAGAAUUCACGGGCUGCUGUGUCUUCUCAGCCGUCCUGUUUCAUAGCUAAUGCUGAUCUCAAGAUAUAGCAGACAGGACCCACCGCGGAGGGGGUAGGGCACCCGACGUCAAGGACAAGAGGCAGCAAGGUCGGCCAGGGCUCCCUCGGCUUUUUAGUGUAGGGUGUGUGUCCUCUGGGACUU